GGUAACACCAAAACGAAAACGUCGCAAACACAAAGCGCAGGGGGAAAACAGAAAGAACGACGAAAAACAGAGGCAACAAAAGCAGAAGCAGGAAAGCGCAGUGGAUUUUAGAAGUGAAUAUCUGCACAGGAUGAACAACGGAUUUAGCACCGGCGAGGAGGACAGUCGCGGGCACACGGACCAAACGUGCUGCCUGAUCGACGACAUGGAGCGGUGUCGCAACCAAGCCGGCUACGCCAGCUACUCGAAGCGAAUCCAGAAAACGGUCGCCCAGAAGCGACUCAAGCUGAGCAGCGAUCCGGCGGCGCAGCAUAUCUACAUUUGUGACCACCACAAGGAGCGCAUCCAGUCGGUGCGCACCAAGCGGCGCCGCAAGGACAGCGAGGACGACAGCAACGAAACGGACACGGACCUGCACGAGUUCCCCGAUCUUUACCAGCUGGGCGUUAGCACGCUGCGCCGCUACAAGCGGCACUUCAAGGUCCAGACGAGGCAAGGCAUGAAGCGGGCACAGCUGGCGGAUACCAUUAUGAAGCACUUCAAGACAAUACCCAUUAAGGAGAAGGAGAUCAUCACGUUCUUCGUUUACAUGGUGAAGAUGGGCUCGAAUAAACUGGACCAAAAGAACGGCCUUGGCAACGACACCACCUGAAGGCGCGUCGGUGGGCGAAGGGAGGAGGAGGACGCCGACGAUGUCUACUCCUUCUAACGCUUGCCAGCCGCCAAUAAACACUUCUCACACGUUGUUGCUGCAUUUGCUGCACGUCGGCAUUGUUCACCCGAAUAAGGAAAAACGAAAAUACUGAUAGCGAAAUAUCCCUCUCAUCUAUAACACCAAGAACCUACACCACCACUGCCCAAAAUCCUUUCCUCAACUCUACGGAAUGCAACAAAAACAAAAAACGUUAAAAGAACGCAAAAAAAAAAAAAGUAAGGAAAAAGGCAACUGGUGCUCCCAAAAAUAGUUUAAAGCGAUGAAAAGUAAUCUUAACCUUAAGGAAAACAAAAUUUACAAAACUGAUUUUAGCCUUGGUCCGUUGUUAAUAGCUCUUUAUACACACAUUACAUUAAAUAAACUAUGUAAAUUUACAAGAGAAUUAACAGAAAACACACCACACUGAAUCAAAUAGCAAUUCGUAUUCUUAGGCCUAGGCUGGCGUCGCGAAUGUUGUUCAUUUAAUCGUUUGUAUUAUAAAUCAAGUUAAGUGGGGGAUGGCUAGACAACAAUAAACAAAACAAAAACAGAAACUCCAAUAAACCUUUAACGAAUCGAAGCACAACUACAAUAACGAAGAAUGAAAAAGAAACCGACACAUUAUUGCUGUAAGAGAACCACUUGCAAUAUUUAAACUUAAACAUCGUCUCGUUAGCCCCGGCGGGUUGGAUUUAUAUUUAGAGCUCUAGUUUAAGCCUAACUAAGAUGAACAUCGGUUCCAUCAAUUGGAAUUCCGCAUUAAACGAUUUCUGUUAAAGCCUAGACUGAUUUUUAGCCAUAUAUUUAAGCCUAAAUAAAACUUAAUAGAAAGCAUUUUCACUCAA